CUUUGAUUUCUUCUAUACACAUUCCAAACAAGCCUUCUCCUCCAUAUCCUUUCUCAAUUAAUAUCCACGUGUCCUUUAUGCUUUCCUUCUCCUCUGUCCGGUAACCCUACCCCACUCCCAUCCAUGAAUUAAACUCUCGGUAUCAGCCAGAGCUGUGAUCCUCUGCCGGCGUUUCCUUUCUUCUCAUCAAUCAAUCAAUCAAUAAAAAAAAUCAUGAUGGGAUCAGAUAAUAAUCAGAGCUUUCAAGACGAUAAAGAAGAAAUGGAAUCUCUCACUCUCGACGAUCCGUUAACAUCCACCACUAACAGCAACUACAUGUCUUUCGCCGAUUACCGAUCCGCCACGUCAUCACUCUCCGCCACUCACCAACUCAACCACCCUUUCUCCCCUACGGAUUCCGAUCCUCUCCUAUCUCCACCUCCUCCGCCGUACUCUGCGACGGAAUCGGGCUCGUAUAUCGAACCGCCGGCGUACGCAGAUGUUGUUUUCAGUCCGUUUGAUGAGACUUCGGUGAAUGAAAUCAACGGUGUGGAUAGAAAUCACAGUUUGAACAGAUCCUCGUCGAGUGAUUCGUCGCAGUUCUCGAUUUCGCGAUCGCUUUCAACGGCAUCGAAUUCGUCCUCGGAUUUCAUGAAAAUUACGGUUUCUAACCCUCAGAAAGAGCAGGAGGCGGCGAAUUCGCUUGUUCCAGGAGGUAAUACAUAUGUUACGUAUUUAAUUACUACGCGAACGAAUCUUCCUGAUUUUGAUAGAACCGAAUUCAGUGUAAGGCGUCGUUUUAGAGAUGUUGUUACGUUGUCGGACCGGUUAGCGGAGAGUUAUCGGGGGUUUUUUAUUCCACCGCGGCCGGAUAAGAAUGUGGUGGAGAGUCAGGUGAUGCAGAAGCAGGAAUUUGUGGAGCAAAGGAGAAUUGCAUUGGAGAAGUAUUUGAGGAGAUUGGUUGCGCAUCCUGUGAUUAAGAAGAGUGAUGAGUUGAAAGUGUUUUUAUCGGUACAAGGGAGGUUGCCGUUGGCUACGAGUACGGAUGUGGCAUCUAGAAUGCUUGAUGGAGCGGUGAAUUUGCCGAAACAGUUGUUUGGUGAGAGUGUGGCGGUUGCGCCGAGUGAGGUUGUGCAGCCGGCGAAAGGUGGGAGGGAUUUGUUGAGGAUUUUUAAGGAGUUGAAGCAGAGUGUUGCGAAUGAUUGGGGUGGCGUGAAGCCAGCUGUUGUGGAGGAAGAUAAGGAUUUUUUGGAGAAUAAGGAGAGGAUGCAGGACCUUGAACAGCAACUUAGUAAUGCUUCACAGCAGGCAGAAGGGUUGGUGAAAGCACAGCAAGAUAUGGGAGAGACAAUGGGAGAACUAGGGUUGGCGUUUAUUAAGUUGACAAAGUUUGAGAAUGAGGAGGCUGUGUUCAAUUCGCAGAGAGUGAGGGCUGCUGACAUGAAAAAUGUCGCGACUGCUGCUGUCAAAGCAAGUAGAUUCUACCGGGAAUUAAAUGCACAGACUGUCAAGCAUUUGGAUACCCUCCAUGAAUACCUUGGGCUGAUGCUAUCUGUCCAUGGUGCAUUCUCUGACCGUUCUAGUGCUUUAUUGACAGUGCAAACUCUUCUAUCAGAAUUGUCCUCAUUGCAUUCUAGGGCUGAAAAACUAGAAGCUGCAUCAUCAAAAAUAUUUGGUGGUGACAAGUCAAGGAUUCGCAAGAUAGAUGAGCUAAAAGAAACUAUAAGAGCCACCGAGGAUGCUAAACAUGUUGCUACCAGAGAAUAUGAGCGGAUCAAGGAAAAUAACAGGACUGAACUAGAGAGGCUUGACAAAGAAAGGCAUGCUGACUUCCUGAACAUGUUGAAGGGGUUUGUACUUAAUCAGGUGGGAUAUGCUGAGAAAAUUGCCAAUGUGUGGGCAAAGGUCACAGAGGAGACGAGUGUUUAUGUGAAGGAGAGUUCUUGAACGUGCAUUUGUACAUUCGGAUCUUCUGCUCUUAUUUUAUCUUUUCUUUAUAUAUUGUUAUUGCACGCCGCUAGGCAAUAUAGUCUUCACAUUCAUGAAGACAAUAAAGAAAAGGAAGCACAUAAAAAGCCACCUCCAAGUUGUCUGUUAGAGAGAACUGUUAGGAACUUUUUUUUAAAAUUUUUGUUUAUUGUAAUUUGCAUCUAAUUACCUGUUUGAUUUCUAGAUCUUUAAACCGUUAGAGAGAAUAGUUAACACACCCUUUUAAACUUUCUUUGGUA